AUGGCCGACGCUCCUGCUGCCCACGAGCCCGAGUUCCACCGCUUUGAGCCCACCUCGGACACUCCCAACAGUGUCAUGCCCGUCUUGGUCUACCGCAAUGCCUUCUCCACCACCAUGCCCAUUGGCGAGGUCCGCAACAUCCUCCACACCAACCGUUGGCUUCCCGACCCCAUCGCCGAGACCAACAAGACGCCCCUCUUCCAGUCCACCACCCACGAGCUGCACGCCGUCGUCAGGGGCAGGUGCCAGCUGCUCGUCGGCGGCACCCAGUACGGUCCUCCUCCCGGCAUGAUGAUCUACCUCAGCGCCGGUGACAUGGUCGUCUAUCCUGCCGGUGUCAGCCACUGCGUCGUCAACUCUGAGAACUUCGAGUUCAUCACUUUCCGCCCCGAGAGGAGCAACAAGCGCGACAACGUCGAGCCCAGGGCUUUCUCUCCCAAGGAGAUGAAGGGACUCCAGAAGAACAUCUCCAAGGUCGUGUGCCCCAAGUACGACCCCUUGGCUGGCAAGGAGGGUCCUCUGGUCGAGAUCUGGAGGGUUGCCACCAUCCAGGAGAACAUUGCCACCAGCUGGUGGUAA